AUGUUGUUCCCGGAUGAGACAUACGAAGAUUAUUAUCGACGCAUAAGUUUGUCAAAAACUCAUACAGAUUUAACGUUUGAAGGAAACGUUAAGAAAGUAGAUAAUACCCGUAAAACCGCAUCAAGUGGUAGCAGUGGACAUGAGAGCAGCUGCACAAACAGCAAUAGUGGCAGCUAUAAAAGGACCAACGAUUUCUUUGACAAUAUACCAGAGAUCGAGGAGGAAACUGCUGAACUCUUUGAUCGCAACCAAGAGAAAAACCAUAAAGAUGACACAGCCAAACAGUUCCGAAAUAAUAUUAAUGAAGAUGAUUCUACCGAUUUAUCUACAAAUCCACGCUUUUUACGUUACUGUGAAGCGAUUAUACAACAAUAUCGUAUACGGCCAGAUUUCUUUUGUCAGUAUUAUAAAGCAAUUAGUAACUCACAAUCGGCGUCAUCUUCGAGUGGAAAUACCCCAUUACGAAAUAAACAAAAGAAACAAAUUUCGAAUUCAUCUAGGGAACAAUCGUUGUAUCGCUCCCCUGGGAAUCCUAUAACAGUAAAGACAUCAUCGUCAUCAGAAGAAAUGGUCCAAAGAUUCACCAAACGUUCGGCAAUAUACACUUUACCCAUGACCAAACGAAAAUCCGAAGUUCUCAAUAAGACAUUAAACAAUGGAACACCAGUGCUGGUGGUAUAUGGUAAUGAUAAUAAUGACACCAACAACAGCAACAAAAACAACGACAAAGCAAAUGGAAUGGAAUAA